UGCCCAAGCGCUCAGAGCCAUGAGAGAAUACAAAGUGGUCGUGUUGGGAUCCGGCGGCGUGGGAAAAUCGGCGCUGACCGUGCAGUUCGUCACCGGAUCCUUCAUCGAGAAGUACGACCCGACGAUAGAGGACUUCUACCGCAAGGAGAUCGAGGUGGACUCGUCGCCGUCGGUGCUGGAGAUCCUGGACACGGCGGGCACCGAGCAGUUCGCCUCCAUGCGCGACCUGUACAUCAAGAACGGCCAGGGCUUCAUCCUCGUGUACAGUCUGGUCAACCAGCAGAGCUUCCAGGACAUCAAGCCCAUGCGCGACCAGAUCAUCCGCGUCAAGCGCUACGAACGCGUGCCCAUGAUCCUGGUGGGCAACAAGCUGGAUCUGGAGGGCGAGAGGGAGGUGUCUUCCGGGGAAGGCAAGGCGCUGGCGGACGAGUGGAACUGCCCGUUCAUGGAGACCUCGGCCAAAAACAAAGGCUCGGUGGACGAGCUGUUCGCGGAGAUCGUGCGGCAGAUGAACUACGCGUCGGCGCCGCACGGAGACGACCAGUGCUGCGCGUCCUGCGCGAUUCUUUAAAACCGAGCGCGACUUCUGGUUUCUCGUUCGCGUUUGUUGCCAUGAGGUGUGUUGCAGGAUUUCUGUUCUGUUGAGGAUGAGUGGAUCACUCUUCAGGAGUUACAGCACACCACUGAUGUCAACACAAGUGUCUUGCACUCUCAACUGGAACUUAAACCCCAGGAACGUGGAGGUUAAAGCGGCUGUGUGUUGCUCAUGGACUUGGAAACCCUUGUUGUGAAUCGUGCAAAGUAUUGCUUUCCGUGACGUCACAAUUGAAACCACUCUCACGAGCCACUCCCCAUUGAGCGCACGAGGACUUCACUGUUUUGACGCGAGGACGUCGGAGCUUACGCGUCGAGUGCCUUCCAAAAGCCUGUUCCAAGAGUUUAGUGCCAACCUGCAAGAAGUCUCGGUUCAGUGCUUAACUGUUACACUAGCUAAUGGUUUCGGGGGUUAACGACGUUUAAAAGGCCUAUUGUUUCUUUGUUUUUCUUCUCUAAUACAGGUACUGAAGCCCCCAGACUCAAACCACAAACCACUGUCUGUAUGAAAUCACAUGUUUUA